AGUUGGUCGAUAAGUGAACGAAUUGUGUUCAGCGUUCAAACCGUUUUUCUUUCGAACGUGUUUCCCACUCAGGGUGUUUACCUCUCCAUUAUUGAAGUGCAAAAAUAGCCUAAAUUCCAAUAUGGCGAAAGUCUAGGAAGAAUAAUACUAUACUUAGAUUGUUUAUGACGAUUUGAACUAGUUUUUGCUGACAAAGAGGAAUGAAAACACUUCUGAAAUACAUAAAGACUCUUUUCUUUCUAGUGUAAGAUGUCGAACUUCGAAAGCGCCUUGAAGAACUACCUAAACAAAUACAAAAAUCCAGAUCUUGCAAGGAGAGAUGUUUCACAUGCACUUCAACAAUACAGAGAUCUUCGCCCUUCAUUGGAACCAUUUGUUUUCAAUGAUGGCACAACACAACAUCUUGUACAACUUGAGGGCACCAUUCCAGUAAUGUACAAAGGGAACACAUACAACAUACCCAUUCAGUUAUGGAUACUGGAUUCUCACCCAUACAAUCCACCAAUGGUGUUUGUGAGACCUACCAACAACAUGCAAAUCAAGGCAGGUCGUUAUGUUGACAUGAAUGGGAAAGUGGAUAUGCCUUUCCUUCGUGAAUGGAGAUGGCCCAAGUCCGAUCUUGUGGGACUUAUUCAGAUUUUGAUUAUCACCUUUGGAGAAGAAUGCCCUGUAUUUUCUAAGGUGCCUGCUCGACCACCUCCACCAGCACCAACAGCCACCAUAUCCAACAUCCUCUGCCUCCAUGCCGAUGCUUCUUUGGGAGCCCCAGGCACUACUUCUCCAUACCCUCCUUAUCCAGCAGCAGGUGGAUACCCUCACCAAAACUAUCCUCCAUAUCCUUCUCAACCAGGUGUUGGCUAUCCUCCCUCUUCCAGCUUUAACUACCCUCCAGCUAGUGGGUACUCACCAUCGUCUUCUAGUUUCCCUGGUCAGCCACAGCAGUUUCCUACACCCUUUGGUGGUUAUGGUGUAAAUCCACCAUAUCCAGGGAAUCAAACAGCUUUUGCUGGUACCCAAGGCAGUCCAGCUACAGCAAUAUCAACAAUUCCUGGAGGAACGGGCACUGUAACAGAAGAACAUCUGAGAGCAUCCUUACUAUCAGCUGUUGAAGACAAGAUGAAGCGGAAGCUUCGGGAGAUUUUUGCACAAGCCCAGGCUGAGAUGGAUGUGCUCAAGAAGACUGAAGCUGACCUGACUAAAGGAAAAGAAAAAUUAGAGCAAAUGAUGAAAGAUUUAGAACAGGAGAAAACCACUGUGGAGAGCAGCAUCAUCAUGUUGGAAGAUAAAAGCAGAGAGGUUAAGGACGCUCUGCAAAAGAUGGAAGAUAAUGACAAGCUUGAUGUUGAUGAGGCAGUGGUCACUACUGCCCCUCUUUAUAGACAAUUGCUGGAUGCUUUUGCUGAAGAGCAAGCCAUUGAAGAUGCUAUCUACUAUCUUGGUGAAGCGCUGCGUAAAAAUGUGAUCGAGUUAGAAGUCUUCUUGAAGCAAGUGCGAGAGUUGUCUAGGAGACAGUUUAUGCAAAGAGCAUUGAUACAGAAGUGCAGGGAAAAGGCAGGUCUUCCUCCAUUGGCUUAGAUUUUAACAAAGAAAUUCAUAUCUGAAGAAACAUUCUGAUCUUUCUGAAGUACUGCGGAGUGUGUUGAUACCAUUAAGUAGUUUUAUUCCUUAUUUUAAUCAUUUGUUUACUUGUUUACUAUGCAUGGUAUGCUGAAGAUCAAAUUAGCAUGUGUGAAAGAGAGACUUUUUGAAGUUGUCAUUGUGCCUAUGUUGUAUAAUCUGAGUGGAUUGAUCUGUAAUGAUGCAGUGAAGGAAAAAGUUAGUCUUGUGGUAAUGGAAGUUAAAGCUAUACAUACAUAUGUCUUAUUCUCCUUUUAUAUGAAAGAAAGGUAUGUUUGAUAUAAAUAUAAAAAACAAAAUAUUGCAAAUAAUUUAUCCUCUUAAAAAAAAGUAGUGUCUUGAAAAUAACUCUUUUGUAUAUAAAUGCUAUUUCAAACAAAUCGAAAACUUUAUCUGUCUUUAGUUGAUUUUGAUUUAGCAUAAAAUAUAUUUUGGUGAAAGACCUUUUGUGCAGACAAGUAAAUGAAAGAUAUUUUAGGGAUUUCAAGAUUUAUAAGGAACUGUUUUUAAUUGUGUAAAUGCGUCCAGUCAACAAAACUGCGGACAAUUAUUCUGUAAUAGCUACCUGACUUGCUAAACUCAUCAUAGUUUAACAUAUGUAGUUAAAAGAACAUGUCUGCUUUGUGGAUAAGCAAGCAGCUCUGAAUUGUAAAAGGUUAAUAAUUCAAAUUAAGGUGACAGCAAUUGCAAUUUAUACCAGUUUAGUCAUGCCAUAGGAAGGUCGAUAUUGCUGAACACAUACCUCAGCCUAGGAAAAUGUUCUGUUUUAAAAGAUUUGGCAUAUAUUUUGGCAAUAGAAGUAGUCAUCAGAAAACAUCAGGCUUUGCAGUACCUAUCAGCAUUUUAAAUUGCUGAAUAUUCCAGACCAAAGUCUUUCAGGACUGAUGGAUGCAUGAUACUGCUGGAACAGUAAUUUACCAUUAACACCUUUUAAUUAGGUAAGAAUGCAGUCUACUCAGUAAUAUUUAAAGUUAAUAUUUUAUUUUCUGCCUGUAAUAGCUGAGCCUGACUUGUACAUUUGUACCUCCAAAGCAUGAAAGUGUACGAGACAGUUUGCACAUACUUGAUAUGAGAGUGCAAAUUGAUGCAGUAGCUAACCACAUUUUGAUUUACUAUUCCCUAUGGUGCAUAGUCUGUUAAACGUCAGCUAUGGCAGAGCAUAUUUUUAAGUUACCUGGUUUUAAUUUUAAAGAAUAUUGCAUCUUGAAAGAUUAAUUAGGCCUUCCUUGCUGGAGCACGUCAUGUCAUUUAAUGCUCAAAUCAUUAGGGGAUUUCUGGAUGUGGGUUUAAGUUCUUUCUUAUAUGUUGAAUUUGGAUAUGUAAGAUUAAUUUUUCUGUGGUGUAAAAGAUUGAUGCAGUGUUGAUGAUCUUGUGUUAUCCCCUCUGCCAUGUGACUUGAUUGUGACAGAGAUGCUCUGGUUUAACUUUCAGUUGAGUGUAGGAUGAGAGGCACUUGAAUAUUGCCAUGACCUUGUGAAAAGUUUAUGAAAUUCACUGUUGGAUCCCAGUGAGUGAGGUUAUGAAUGGCAUCUUGUGUUGUUUCUCAGUCAGUAGUAAGGCCAUGAAUCACUGUGUUGUACAUUGGUUGCCUAAGCCAUGAUAGCUGUUAGGCCGAGUGGUAGGUCAUCCAGACAGCAGGUUUUUGCAAGCAUUCUUAAGAUGGUUAUGUUCAAGGCCUGUAAAGUGAGGUGCUCAUUUAUCAGUAGAUUUCUGCAAGCAACUUGAUCAGUACGUACAAAAUAAAAAUUGCAAGCUAUUUUUGGCUGUUACUUGUUGAGCUAUAAUGUUUUGUAUAUUUUAGAUGGUAUAAGAAAACAAAUCAGUUAUGAAAAAUGCAGAUUAGGUAAUUUGGUCUUGAAUUUGUCAACCUGGUUACUGAUUGUAUGAACAGGCAUGAAUUCAUCAUGACCUAGGUGUUUCUGCACUAUUCACUUUGUCAGAUGGGUAAUAUUACUCAUGUCAGUAUAUAGUUAGAUGUAACAGAUAUUCUUAGGCAGCUGGUUUCCCUUUCUAAUCAAGGAAUGUGUAUGCCAAGUCAGAAAAGACAUAGAAAUAAGGCAAAGGUUUGAAUGAAUCCAUCUCUGCUCAACUGUAGAGGUUUUUAUAUUUUUUAUUUUUUGUCUAGGUGUGUGCUGUAAUAAUUAUCUCUGUUGCAUUCCAGCCUUUUUAAAAACUUUUUGCACUUUCUGGUAGUCAGUGGAAAGUUUUUUUAUUAUUAUUAAAAUGUGUUUUUUCAAUUCUGUAGAUAAUCAUCUGUACCUUGAAUACUUGAAGUUAUUUAAACAAAAUUUGAAGCAGGAUGCUAUUCCUUAAUCCUGAUUAGUUAGGUAGAACUCUAUGAACUAGGCUUCAGCAGAUAAAAAAUAUAUAAAUCAAACAUAGACAUUUAAUAGACAUUUCUUUUUUUAAUUAUGCUGCAGAGAAUACAAUGAGUUGAAGCAGAUAGAUGGUUACAAUAGUUGCCUGUAGAUUAUGAUACAUGUGCUUAUUACCACCAUGCUCCUAGUCACUCUUGUCUCCUUAGCUCUUGAUAGGAAUGCAAGGUAUUGCAGGAUGAUGAGAAUGUAAACUAACCACUGAUGCAAGAGAAAAAAAAAUCUUCAUUAUGUUAUCAUUUCAUUUUCUUGAUUGCAUACCUCAUCACAGUACAGCUCACAGAUGAACAAAGUAUGCACAGUUAUGGACACAGCUUAAGUAUAUUCUGAUAUGUGGCCAACUGAGCACUGAAAACAAACAUUGGGUAGAUGGCAUCAUUUGUAAUUGUAAUGGCAAUCUGACAGCUAUGGUUAGUGUUUAGUCAUAUGAGCAUACUAGCCUAAUUUAAAAUUGGAAAGAAAUGCCAUGUAGAUUUAUUAUCUUUCCCCUGUUUAUUUUCUUCAGUCUUGCUUUAAGACUUUUCACUAACUCCUACAUUUUUUUAAAGAUUUUAUUUUUAGUAGUAGUGUUUGCAUUUUUGCUGUUCGCCAGUCAGGCUUGGUGUCCUCUCACCUUACAUCUAUGUGUCUUGUUAUGCACUUGUGAGUACUGAACACUGUUAUCACUUCUGUGGCAUGGAUUGUCAGUAUCUGGAAGAUUCUGUCUGCUUGAUUGUGUCAUAGAACAUUUUACAUCAGUUGGUGGAUCCUUUUCUGUUUUGCUCGAGUGGAUGUGGACCUGUAUAUAAAAGAUGUACAGCAAUUUUUUUUUUAAUGUCUUUCAUCAUCAUAGCUUUUGGUGUGCAAUUCAUUCAUACUAGCAUACACUCUUAUGAAGUUAAACAGAACUUCAGUUUUGUUUUGAUGUACACCAAAAAAAAAAAAGCCAAUUACCAUCUA